AUGACAAACAGAGCCGAUGUCAUUGCUCACGGCCUGUCAUUCCCACUAGAGGAGGCGGGUGAGAUGGAGGAAUACACCAGGGUGCCAGUGGCUGAAGAGAGAUGGGGGGAUUGUGUGGAAGAUGAGCAAACCCCCCCCCCCCCCAUCUCAACAGCCGAAACCGGGGGAAAGACACGACCAAACCCUGCUAGAAGUAAUCGCAGAAGUCAAAAACCCACGUUGGACUUAAGUAAAGUGACUAAAACAAGGUGUUACUGCAGUGAUGUCAAAGAGCUGAAGACAUCUCGAACAGUCAGCAGGUCAAGCAAUACCAAGAAAGUUGGCUGUGCGAGCUAG